CCACGGAAGGCGAGCUAAUGCUGGCGCUAGUGAAUGUACUUUACAGUCUGAUUAUCCGUGUAGGUCAAAGUCCGACUGUGGUGUCAGACCUGGCCUGAUUUUGUUUUCUUCUGCCUCUUUUGAUCGUGCUUUUGUUAAUCGCUAUGGAGGAAAGAGAACCCGUUUCCAAUCCGAAACUCACGUCAAUUUGACAUUUUGUUGCUGCAGUUAUGGCGAACUCUAGUGAUGCAGUCAGCUGGUCAGUAAUGAAAUUGCGGCUAAAUUCCUUCCAGCACUUCCCUCGUUCUCAAGAAGUUUCUGCAGAGCGACUGGCCCGGGCAGGGUUUUAUUACACAGGAGAGGCGGACAGAGUGCGCUGUUUUAGUUGCAAUGCUACAGUGGAGGACUGGAAAAGAGGGGAUGCCCCUUUGCAGAGGCAUCAGCUAGCAUCUCCUGCCUGCUCAUUCCUCAGCUGUGCUCACGGCUUGAAUGUUCUGAAUGACUUGUCCAGCGACUCUGCUUAUAACGAAGAGGCAGAAUCCAGGGAGUUCCUCCUCCGCACGGGAGAGGUGGUGGACGAGACUAUAUAUCCCAGUGUGCCACACAUGAGAAGUGAGGAAGCUCGGCUGAGAACUUUCAGUAACUGGCCCGAAAACUCUCCAGUACAGCCCAGCGAUCUGGCUGAAGCAGGGCUGUAUUACCUUGAGAAGGAUGACAUUGUGAAGUGUUUCUGUUGUGGGGAGAUGCUUUCAGGAUGGGAGCAGGGCGAUGAUGCCUGGGGUGAACAUGAAAAAUACUACCGAAACUGCUCCUUUAUCUUAGGCCACGAUGUGGGCAAUGUGCCACUGUCAACACCCAGACCCAGGGUGAAUGGUGACAGGGCCUCUCUUGAGACUUUUGAGGGGCGUCUUAAUAGUUUCAGUGGCAGACAACACCCCAUAGACCACAAAAGACUGGCCCAAGCUGGCUUCUACAGUACAGGAGACAGAGACAAAGUGAUCUGCUUUAAGUGUGGAGGAGGUGUGAAGGACUGGAUGCCUGAUGAAGAUCCUUGGGAGGAGCAUGCCAGGCACUAUCCAGGCUGCAGUUUCCUUUUGGAAGAAAAAGGAAAAGAAUAUGUCAGCAAUGUGCAACUGAGAUAUCCUAAAGGACAGCAUUCAAGGUCAAGACAGAAUGGCUUUUCAAGUCUCGAGGGAGUCAGGCAGUCAGAGAUUGCACAAAAGGCUGUUGAAAUGGGUUUUGACCCCAUCAAAGUGGAGAGAACCAUUCUGCAGAAGUUUGGUCAGAACAGUGAGGGUUAUACCUCAGUAGAAGCUCUUAUUCAAGACCUCAGUGCACAGGGGAAUGAUGCUGAUGUGCCUGAAAAACCAGCAGAGGACCCUAUGAAGAAACUUGAGAAACUCCAGAGGGAGAAGCUCUGUAAAGUCUGCAUGGACAGUGACACUGGCAUUGUCUUCAUUCCCUGUGGACACUUUGUCACUUGUCAAAAGUGCUCCAAUUCUCUAGACAAGUGUCCCAUCUGCUGUGCCACCAUCACACAGAAGAUAAAGACCUACAAUGCCUAAAAAAGCAAAUGAACCAAAACUCCAAAUGAAACCCUGAUAUUCAUCGAAUGUGUCGAAGUGUAAUCAUUCCUUACAUUUAUUUUGUGUAUUUGAUUUAAGCUAAUUGUGAAUAUAUGUAUGCACCAUAUCUGUAGAUGUACUAACUUAAAGUAAAAUCAUGUUGUAUUUUUUCGUCGAGGCUUAAAAAUAACAAGUUGUAAAUUUUCACGUGUUUGUUUUUGGACAGGGGCACACUACAUAAUUUAACUUGUAUUGAAAUGCAGAUGAAGAAAUCUUGACCUCCUCCCCACCCCCCAAAAGUUACCAUGGAACAAAUUCAGUUUCUUCAUAUAGCUGCUUCACUCAAAUACACAGAAAUACUCAGAAUGAUGUUAAUUACCACAGUGCCUUUUUGUAGACUAAUUUUUAUGACUAUUGUCAUCCUGUUUAAUGAUUCGACAUAAUCAUGAACUAUAAUGUACCUAAUGUUUGCUCUUUUAUCCAUUUAUUAUAGAAGGAUAAUUGCUUGAAAUGUUUUAUAAUGUUUAAGGUUGAUUAAAUGUUACCAGUCAAAACUGGGUUCCUCUUAAUUACAAUUUCCUAGUAUCAUAACUCAUAUAGGAUGUUUUAAGUUGUAUAAACAUGGCAAUAAAAGUAGAAUCUCUCAAAAAUCGUUUUACUUUUGA